GGAAUAGCCGUUGUAACAGGUGUGAGCUGAUAUUUCAUUGUGAUUUUGAUUUGCAUUGCUCUGAUAAUUAGUGAUGUUGAACAUCUUUUCAUGUGCCUGUUGGCCCUCUGUAUGCCUUCUUUGGAAAAAUGUCUAUUCAGAUUCUCUUGCCCAUUUUUUAAUUGGGUUGUCUGGCUUUUGUUGUUGUUACUGAAUAGUGUGAGUUCUUUAUAUAUUUUGGAUAUGUGGAUAUUAAAGCCUAAUCAGAUAAGUGCUUUGCAGGAGCCCCAGGUGGCUCAGGUGGUUAAGUGUCAGACUUGAUUUCAGCUCAGGUCUUGAUCUUAGGGUCAUGAGUUCAAGCCCUGCCUGGGGCUCCAUGUUGGGAGUGGAGUCUACUUAAAAAAAAAAAAAAAAGAAAAACAAAAAAAGGUAAGUAAUUUGCAAAUAUCCUCUUUCACUGAAUAGGUUGCCUUUUUGUUUUGUUGGUUUCCUUCACACUGCUGAAGCUUUUUAGUUUGUUGCAGUCCCAUUUGUUUAUUUUUGCUUUUGUUUACCUUGCAUUUGGGGUCAGAUCCAAAAUUAAAAACAAAUCACUGAGACCAAUGUCAAAGAGCUUGUCACCUUUUCUUCUCGGAAUUUCAUCCAAGUCUUUAAUCCAUUUUGAGUUAAUUUUUGUGUAUGGUGUAAGAUGGUGGCUUAGUUUCAUUCGUUUGCAUGUAGCUGUCCAGUUUUCCCAACACCAUUCAUUGAAGAGACUGUCCUUUCCACAUUGUAUAGUCUUGGUUCCUUUGUCCUAAAUUAAUUAACCAUAUAUGUGUGGGUUCAUUUCUGGGUUCUCUAUUCCAUUCCUUUGAUCGAUGUGCCUUUUUCACGCGAUUACCUAUUGUUUUGAUUACUAUAGCUUUGUGGCACAGGGAGGAGAUUCUUACAACUCGGAAAGGUGGGGGAAACUGCUUCCCUAUAACCUCCCCACCUCUGGCACAGCUUUUGGGGUUUGCAGACCUGGAAGCCUUGCAGGGUACCCAUGUGGCCGGCAGGUGGUGCCACCUUACCACAAGCGGCAGAGUGAGAGCAUUCCCCCCUAGGGAGAAGUGAGGCUCCAGAAAAAGCGGGUCGAUAGGUACUGGGGCCACCGAGCCACCGCUUAUCCUGGGCCGAGCGGCGCGCACAAGUAGAGGAGAGUGGCGCGGCCGCUGUCCCGGCUUUUCAGGCAAAUGGGCAGCUUAAGCCCUUCCUAGUCGGUUUUUCGCGCUCCGGAGGCAGCCCUCUCCGCACGAGCUUUGGGCACUGCGGGAGCUUGCAAUGCAGAGCAGCGAAAACGGACCGCCUAGCGCCCCAGGAUAUUAGCCCAACACUGCCUACCCAGGUGCGGGCAUCUACUACCGAGGCCCCUCAGGGAGUACCAGACCCACAGACGGCCCCUUUUCAUUGGCAGCCAGUCUGAGGGCUCCGCCCCCUUUCGUACAGUUCUCAUCUGUGACUGGCUCUCGGGCUCUAGCUGGCCACACCUCCUCCCCUCGCACAUACACAAGAGUCACGCGCCUUUCAGUUGGAAACUUGGCGUGCUGAGGGGGACGGUGGCCUUCACUGCCCCACCCACUUACCUUGUCAUUGGUCCGCGGCUCCCCUCAUGGCCACGCCCCCAUUCCUGCCCCCUGGCUGGGAGGGCAGGCACCCGCUCGUGAUUGGCUGCCCUGCCUGCCUCUCGCGGGAGCCGCUGGCGUUUCCCCCUCCCUUCUCCCCCUCCCUCGAGUGUCCAGGUUCCUCCGCUAGCCCAGGCCGAGUCAGUGUCAGUCAGGGAGCCGGACUGCCGAACGGUGUGUGCGGACGCUCCGCUGCAAUCUCGCCCAGGGGCCGGUGCCUGCGCUCGCGCCGCCGGGUGGGAAGGAUGAAGCCGCAGCUGGAGCAGCCACCCUAUGAUUGGCUGUGGCGCUUGUGAACCCGAAGUAAAGAUGGCGGGCGGGCAGGCAGCCGCCGCACUGCCCACUUGGAAGAUGGCGGCGCGCCGCAGCCUCAGCGCCCGCGGCCGGGGGGUCCUGCAGGCGGCGGCCGGGCGGCUGCUGCCGCUGCUACUGCUGAGCUGCUGCUGCGGCGCGGGCGGCUGCGCAGCAGCGGGCGAGAACGAGGAGACGGUGAUCAUCGGCUUGCGGCUGGAGGACACGAACGACGUGUCGUUCAUGGAAGGGGGGGCGCUGCGAGUGAGCGAGCGGACCCGGGUCAAGCUGCGGGUGUACGGGCAGAACAUCAACAACGAGACGUGGUCCCGCAUCGCCUUCACCGAGCACGAGCGGCGGCGCCACAGCCCGGGCGAGCGCGGGCUGGGGGGUCCCGCGCCGCCAGAGCCGGACAGCGGCCCCCAGCGCUGCGGCAUCCGCACCUCAGAUAUCAUCAUCUUGCCCCACAUCAUUCUCAACCGCCGUACAUCGGGCAUCAUUGAGAUCGAGAUCAAACCGCUGCGCAAGAUGGAGAAGAGCAAGUCCUAUUACCUGUGCACAUCGCUCUCCACGCCAGCCCUGGGCGCCGGCGGCCCGGGGUCCGCAAGUGGCGCCGUCGGGGCCAAGGGCGGCUCCGGGGUGGCCGGGCUCCCGCCGCCCCCGUGGGCCGAGACCACCUGGAUUUAUCACGACGGCGAGGACACCAAGAUGAUAGUGGGCGAGGAGAAGAAGUUUCUGCUGCCCUUCUGGCUGCAGGUGAUCUUCAUUUCGCUGCUCCUGUGCUUGUCGGGCAUGUUCAGCGGCCUCAACCUGGGGCUGAUGGCCCUGGACCCGAUGGAGCUGCGCAUCGUGCAGAACUGCGGCACCGAGAAGGAGAAGAAUUACGCCAAGCGCAUCGAGCCCGUGCGCAGGCAGGGCAACUACCUGCUGUGCUCACUGCUGCUGGGCAACGUGCUGGUCAACACCACGCUCACGAUCCUGCUCGACGACAUCGCCGGCUCCGGCCUCGUGGCGGUGGUGGUCUCCACCAUCGGCAUCGUCAUCUUCGGGGAAAUCGUGCCCCAGGCCAUCUGCUCCCGGCACGGCCUGGCUGUAGGGGCCAACACCAUCUUCCUCACCAAGUUUUUCAUGAUGAUGACCUUCCCCGCUUCUUACCCGGUUAGCAAGCUGCUGGACUGCGUCCUGGGCCAGGAGAUAGGUACUGUCUAUAACCGGGAAAAACUGCUGGAGAUGCUCCGGGUCACCGACCCCUACAACGACCUCGUUAAGGAGGAGCUGAACAUCAUCCAAGGGGCGCUGGAGCUCCGCACCAAGACAGUGGAGGACGUGAUGACUCCGCUCCGGGACUGCUUCAUGAUCACCGGCGAAGCCAUUCUGGACUUCAACACCAUGUCGGAGAUCAUGGAGAGCGGCUACACUCGUAUUCCAGUGUUUGAGGGGGAGCGCUCCAACAUCGUGGACCUCCUCUUUGUCAAAGACUUGGCCUUCGUGGAUCCAGAUGACUGUACUCCCCUGAAAACCAUCACUAAAUUUUAUAACCACCCCUUGCACUUUGUUUUCAAUGACACCAAGUUGGACGCUAUGCUGGAAGAAUUUAAGAAAGGUAAAUCUCACCUGGCUAUUGUGCAGCGAGUAAACAAUGAGGGAGAAGGGGACCCAUUUUAUGAAGUUCUGGGAAUUGUCACAUUAGAAGAUGUGAUUGAAGAAAUCAUCAAAUCUGAGAUUCUAGAUGAAACAGAUUUAUACACUGAUAACAGAACGAAAAAGAAAGUGGCCCAUCGUGAAAGAAAGCAAGAUUUUUCUGCCUUCAAGCAGACAGACAGCGAGAUGAAGGUUAAAAUAUCACCACAGCUUCUCUUGGCCAUGCACCGUUUCCUAGCAACAGAAGUAGAAGCAUUUAGCCCAUCCCAGAUGUCAGAGAAGAUCCUUCUAAGGCUGCUAAAGCACCCCAAUGUCAUCCAGGAACUGAAGUAUGAUGAGAAGAACAAGAAAGCCCCAGAAUACUACCUCUACCAGCGAAACAAACCUGUAGACUACUUCGUUCUCAUUUUGCAGGGGAAGGUGGAAGUGGAAGCUGGGAAAGAAGGUAUGAAGUUCGAAGCCAGUGCUUUCUCCUACUAUGGUGUGAUGGCCCUCACAGCCUCUCCAGUUCCUUUGUCCCUGUCUCGUACCUUUGUUGUCAGCAGAACAGAGUUGUUAGCAGCAGGUUCUCCAGGUGAAAACAAGUCGCCGCCUCGCCCAUGUGGCUUGAAUCACUCAGACUCUCUCAGCCGAAGUGACCGGAUUGACGCGAUAACGCCGACACUGGGGAGCAGCAAUAAUCAGCUCAAUUCUUCGUUCCUUCAAGUCUACAUCCCCGACUACUCCGUGCGAGCCCUUUCUGACCUUCAGUUUGUUAAGAUCUCAAGACAGCAAUACCAAAAUGCCUUGAUGGCAUCCCGGAUGGACAAAACUCCUCAGUCUUCAGACAGUGAAAACACUAAAAUUGAAUUGACUCUUACGGAGCUGCACGACGGGUUGCCAGACGAGACAGCCAACCUGCUCAAUGAACAGAACUGUGUGACACACAACAAGGCCAAUCACAGCCUGCACAGCGAAGGUGCCAUCUAGGGCGCCCCCCCACCAACCCUCGCCCCCCACUCCCGAGGCCUCAGGCCAGCUGACCGUGAAUCCCAUUAGCGUGAGCUUGUGUGCCGUGCUGCGUCCUGCAACAUCCUGAGACCAAAGACUUUGUUCCCUUCCUGGAAGCAGCAGAGGAGGACGGUGAGGGUGGACUGGAGACCAGAGGUGUGAGAUCGACAGCUAGGGCAUGGCAUCCGAGAUGGUGGAGACGAGCCUCUUCCACCCAAAUAGAAUCAUGUUUAUUUUUUCAGUUGUACCUUUUAUUCCUUAUUCACUCUCCUCCUUCCUCAAUUUGCAUGAAGUUGAAAAUUGUUGCGGUUUAUUAUUUUUUUGUCCCCCAAGAGAUCAUGUUUUUAAAAAGUGUCUUUUGCAGAGUUUUACGUUGUUGUGUCUGAACUCUGCUGUGACUCCAUGAUGUGACCCGCACAGAACGGACUUGCUCCUCGGCCCUCGUAGGGAGGGGUGCGCUUCCUCUGCGCCCAGCGGGUGUCGCUGUGGAACUUGAAGGAUGAAUGAAGAAAGCGGUCGAUGCCAACCCGCCACGUCUGUCCCACUGUGGGGUGGAGUCUGCACGGGGGGGCCUGCAGCCGCCUCUGUGAGCUCAGUGUUGUUUUAAGUUAAUGUUUAACCGUGUCCCUUCCCCUCAGAAAGGUUUAACAUUUGCUUGGAAUGUGAUUUUGCUCCUACUCUAAGGAAUUUUUAUCACCAAAAUGAAUGUUAAUGAAUUUUAAACCCAUGGUUUAUCAUUGGCAAGAGGCAAGGUGACUUCACCCCGACAUUCCUACAGCCUGGAUUCUCCGGCCCAGCCAGGCCUUCUCCCCAGCUUACCGAGCGCCGUCACCCACCUCCCCGUCCUUGCUCUUGUUAACCCAGGAUGCUGCUACACAGAUGCCAAAUGGAAAUCUUCCACAGGGCUUUUGAGUAAUCACGUGGUGUGGAGUUCAAGCUCCUCCCCUUCCCACCGGGACCUCUGUCAUGGUCAGAAAAGGAGUCGGCUUCCAGCCAUGCCUUGAGGGCACUUCUAGACCCGUGGGUUUAAAGGAGGGAACUUCGGGGUCUGCCAGCCCCCACCCCUGCUCCCAGGGAGCCAGCUGCCCCUCUUCCCCCUCUGUCCCUGGGCCCCUGGCGGGCCGGGCAGUGGCCGUGUCCCUCGCCUGAGGACCUCGGUGCCUCCCGCCUCAGAUGCGGCCCACAACAGAGAGGCUGCCUGUACGGCCAGGGCUGCCUGUACGGCGUGGCCCCCAACAGGGAUUCAGAAACCAAAUGUGUGUUGCGGCCGUUUCAUGUGUGCGUCCGCCGCCUUUUAAUGCCAAAUUCAUCACGUGUAGUGAAAUUAAUGUCAGGAGGUAUUUCUUGAGUGACUGAAUUCUUGCCUAUCUUAUCUGUUUUAAGUGUUACCCGAGGGAUGUGUGCAUUUUGGUGGCAACGCUCGUACACUGAGUUGAAUCCAUACUGACGGCAGUGCUCGUGUAGAGCUGCCACUCCGUGCUGCCUCUAGUCACUAGCCAAGAAGAUAGCGUUUUGUCCGCGGGGUCUCACUGAACGAAGGGAAGCCCCGGGCCAAGCGGCGGUUUCCUUCUCCCUCCUCAAGGUAGGAGCGCGCCCCCCAGGUUGGGCUCUGGGGAGGGUGGGAGCUGUGGUUGUGCAAUAACCGGCCACCUGCUGGGCUUGCCUCCUGGUGAGCGGUUUGGGGCUCUAGGGUCAUAUGCGCAUUUCCCGCAGUAUUUCCUCUGGGACGUCGGUCCUGCAGUGUCUUCCUCAUCAGGUGCCAUGCCCCUCAGUGAGGCAAGUACUAGCCUCAACUGGCAGAGGUCACGGCGGCGGGGGGGGAGGCCUGCGAAGGGGCUAAGCGGCCCGCUGCUGGCACCAAACCUACUACCACGGGAUGGAGCCCCCACUUUGUCUUAAUGUGAGUGGGGCCCUGCACUGUCAGUGUCCCCUUUUAUAAACAGACCCAUCCAAGUUAAAAGGUCUCCAUUUCUUAAGACGCAUGUGGCUAAACACAACCCCAGUGUGGUGGGGGAACUGGGACUGUCCGUGGGGUGCGCAGAAAUGAGAGUUCCCUCUAAGGAAGUAAAACCUGGGUCUUGCACGGGGGGGUGGGGGUGACCCCCCAACAACCACGCCGUCCAUCCUCUGGGCCCAGACUGCGCUUGUCUUCCUGGUAGUUUGGUGGAGCCUGGCCUGCCACGCCAUGGCUCCUCUGGCUUUCAGGAUCUCUGCCCCCUCAGUCUCUGCCGACUGAUCUGCUUUGCCACACGUGGCCCGUCUCAGGGUGCCUUGCUACUGGAAGGAGCUCCUGGAAUCUGAGUUAAUGUGUUGGAUCUUUUUCAGAGCCCCACUGUUCCUCUGUGAACCCGAAAGCUCCGUGAGAGUCCGGGGAACAGAGAAGGGAGUCCAGCUGCCAGCUCCUUGACUUCAGAGAGAAACAGAACUUCUCAACACCGUCAUACCUGCUCAGUGUGGUGGCUGUUUGAAAAGUCCUCUGUAAAGUGCUGGCAGGGGUGGCUUUGCAGUGGGGGCUUCUAUCAGAUGAAAUUUUAGCCUCCCAAGUUUGCACUUAUUUUCUGUAAGCCACUCUUUACCUUUGAUUAUUCCCAUUAUUCUGUAACAACAGGGAAUCCAAAAUAAUUCCUGGCUCUAGUUCCAUCUGCUUUGGGGAAAAGCUCAAGACCCUUCCAGUAACACUCAGUGUCAUGAGCGAUCAGAUUCCUCUUCCAGGCCCCACUUUGCCUCUGGAAACUAACUUUAGGCUGUUGAAGGAGAAAUGCUGGCUCAUUGCUUCUCUGGGCAGUGGAAUGAUUUUAGCUUAGAAGUUCUAUGCAGUUACAUCUAUAAAGUCAACGAGUCUGGCAGAGAAAGCCCAUCAAAUAUUUGAGAUCCCCACGUGCAGUAGUCAGUUCUUAGCACCACCAGUAGACCAUCUUUUACUGGGGCUGCUGGCUUUGUAAGCGUGGAAGAGAGUGGGCUGUGGAGCAGACACAGGUCCUGGUGUCCUCAAUGCUGCUGGAGCUCUCGUUGUCAGACCAAGGGCCUCUCCCUAGUGGCUUCCGUGGCCCCUGCUUUGGGCCCUGGCUCUGUGGGACCAGACAGGGCCUCCUCCUGCUCUGAGCCACUGUAGCAUCUCAAAUGUUCCAUCUAAAACUGGAUCCCUAGUAUCCAGAUGUUCCCAAGACGGUCUGCUUUGGCUUUAUACAUGAGGGGUGUGUGUGUGUGUGUGUACGCAUUUCCUACUGCCUUACACGUUCUUUCCCUUUAUUUCUCUCUGUUCUACAUUCAUCAGGCGAGUCUAAAAUUAUAUAUCUAAAUUUUCAGGAAAACAUAAUGUUAAGAUUCGCACAUGGAUACUGGGAUGCUAGUCAACUAGUUUAAGCCUUGGUUCUUACAUAAUUUACAUUUCAAAGGGCAUUCUACUUUGUCCUUCCCUCCUUCCUCACCUCACUUAACAGGAGAGAGCUCAGUGCCCAUGCUGACAUGAUUGGCUUCUCCAAGUGGGAGGAAAUAAGGCAUCUUGCUAUUAUCUGACGUUACUUUAAGGAACGUCUGUGCAAAGGCUGAAUGCAGAACUUCACACUAGUAUGGAACAUUAACUGUGAAUAUAUUUACCUGUGCUAUCCCCAGUACCAUACGACUAAAGGACCAGCUUUUCCAAGUCGAGGAAAAUAGUGGUAGAUACAAGUAGGAUUGCAUUUUAUCUAGGAAUUGAAGUAACAGGAAUUGGGGCUAUGCGGGGACUGUGAACUUCUGCCUUCAAAUUCUCUCGGGUUGUGGAGCAGACCUAAGUAAGGCCCUGGCUGAUUGAGCCUUUGUCCUGGCUGGUCAGAAAUAAGAACAAACCCCAAUCCUGAAAACCAGCCAGGGAUCUGUGGCCCUUUUCAUCUUUCCUGGCCCAGGAGCCCAAGAUUCCUGCAGGGUUUCCCAGGGGUGCUCCCCAACAAAAGACCCCUGGGCUGGCAAAGGAAGGGUGCUUACCAAACAAGAAGCUUCCAGGGAGGAUUGGCUUGGCACACAUCACAUGACCCAAGUUCUCUGGUGCCAUGGGCAGCGGGAACAACUUCCCUGUCAACUUUUGACCCCAGGACAGAGUUUUCUUGCGGGCGGGGGUGGGGGGGGUGGGGGUUGACUGAGCUGGCAGUUCAAGGUGCAGAGGCUUCUGGGGUACAAGUGCUCCAUUUCUCAGGAUGCAGUUCCUGGGUCAGGCUUGGUUCUACUCUAGGCUCCAGUCUGGUGGUGCUUCUGUCCAGCAAGGAAGGACAUCUGGGUGAGUUACAGGUUAAUCCAGACGUAGGAGAGAUUUGGGGAACUCAGUAGGUACGUGGUUUAGGGUGAUUCAGAAACUUUCCGAUGUAAAUUUAUCAAGGAGCAACGUACUCAGUGGAUUUUUAUUAUCUCAGGGCCAUUUACAAAUCUUUAUCUUUUCGUAUUUCUUUUGUAUUCAAGUGGGCUGAUAAGAGAGAUGAGUUCAGAGAACUCUAAAAUGAGGUUCCUUUGCCUCAUUUGAGGGUGAGUGGUGCACCUUUGCCAAGCCUGCUGAUGUCACUGUCCCUCAAGGCUGCGGCAGUGGACCUUUUUCCUCUACCACCUGCAGACAUUCUCCCUGCAGUGAAUGCUUACUUGCUGGUUUUCCUUCUGCCGUGUCUGAAGGCUCCAGGGCCCCUGGUCAGCCCUAGGGACGGAAGGAGAUGACGGGAAUUCACAGCAACUGCAGAGCUUGGAACUUUUCUCGUGCCAUCUUGGGCCAGGGACUUUCUUGGCUUCUUAGACCUUUGUGGUUGGCUCAGCUUUCUGUCUGCAUAUGCUAGAGCCACCGACAUAAUUUCACUAGAACCGUUGUAAAUAUCCUUUGAUGGGAAAUACCAGGCUGUACUUGAAGCAACACAGGAACAAAGGUUCUAGUAGCAAGAGAGUAAAGUUCUAGGAAUCUGUAUACCAAGGUUUUUAUGUACACAGCUCCAACACAUACUAUCAGAAAGACUUGAAUGAGUACACGUCUUUGAGUUUGAAUACCCGUUGGGGUAUUAAACAUACACUGGAAGAAUGACUUGCCUCACUUGGCAGGGGAUCUUCUGGCAUUUACCCCCAUCUGACCAAUAUGGAGUCACUUGGGAAGUGAUUCUUUUGGGGCCAGAUUCUUCUUCAGGUUCACCCUGGAGAGAAUUAUUACAUGGACCUGGUGGGGCUUGGCUGCCUUCCCUUUGUGUUGGAGGCCCAGGCCCCUUGGUAUACACAGCUGGUCUCAGGCUCCCAGAGCAGAAGGGAGUGGGAAAGAAUAAGGCAUCAGGACUUUGAUUCCCCAGAGAGCCCCAUCCUAGCUUCUGAUUCAUGAUUCCAUGUCUGGAGUCUACUGUGAAGGUGGAGUAUAUCAGUCCAUUGACUUCUCUUGUUUCUGGAGUCCUUUAAAUCUACAAAUGUAUAUGCUUUAUUUUAUAUUAUUAUUUAUUAUGUACAUAUGCCUCAACUGUUAGUACAUUGUCUGUGACUAAGACAUUUCCUAGAGCCCCUCAUCCAUGGAGCCUAGGGUUCUGUUGUCCCUUAAAGUGGGUGAGAAGGCAGUGGUUUUGUUUGUUUUUGUCAUAAAGAGGUUGCUGCUCUUAACAUUGACCCUAGCAUCCUGGCCCCUUUCAUCCGGCCCACCACUACUCCUGAUGGACUAAUGUUUGGGAUGAUGAUGGAGGCAGGGCUCCCAAGUACCUCCAUGAAAUACUUGAGGUUCUGGUGACUGGGUCUAUUCUGUAUGCAAUUGAUGGUAUGUAGCAUGGCUGUGAGACCAGAGUGUCCCUCCUCACUCCCACCCUCCCAAGCCAGGUUGGCAAACUGGCCAUUUCCCACCUUGGAUUGCAGAAUCCAUCUCUCUGGACCAUGGAAGCUGCCUGCCCAUCUGGGCUUCUAAUAUGCCUUUUCUUGGUUUUGAGGCCCAAUGCCAGUAUUGCCUUGGCCCUCAAAUAAGACCCUGCUUUGUGUCUGAUUUUCACCCUCCUCAGCCUUUACUGUGUCAUAGUGUACAUUUCAUGCUUUUCAGCAGUGAAGUUUUCCAAGCACAGUAUUGAGAGCUGUGUACAUAAACCUAAAGAAGCACAAAUGACAUGUAUAGGUUUCAUGAGCUGAUUGUCAUAAUGAAUGCAUUUUAUAAUUCAAAUGAUGUUGUAGAUUUACAAUCUCUCCUAUUUAUUUUGUACCAAUUUAUUUGUAAAUUUUGUGAUUGUUUUAAAAGGUUUUUGUUCCAUUUCUAUUAUUCUAUUUAGAUAAAUGAUGAUUUUCUGUUCACCCUUCCA